AUGUAUCUACCAGAGCUUUCUUCAGGGAGUGAGGCGGAGCCAUCACCACACAACAGACACCGACCCUUAUUACUGACCUUUGCCCUGCCAAGGUCUGCCUUCCUCUGCUGCCCCAAAGAAGAGGUGAGAAUACUUUACACAGUCCAAUGGAGAUGAGGUCUCAUCGGGAUAACGAGGCCAUGCAGGUCUUUGUGUCUGACAGGGUUCCUGUACUUUUGGACUUGGGAAGAUCUCAGAGGGAACGCUUUAGGAAGUGUUCUUCUUUCAGGACCAGACUCAAAGUGAACACCAUGUUUGUACAUCUACAGCAAACGAGGCGAAUAAUGAGAAAGAAGAGCAUCGAGUUCAUUCAGAAGGAAAUAUGGAGAAGAAGAAGAAGAACUUGAUGGUCCAUAGAUCCACAGAUCUGCUGGAGUCCAGAAAGAGGCUCAAAGAAGAGACAGUCAUGUUGAUGUGGACUUUAGAGAAAGUGAUCCUGGAUCUGAAACAUGAUCCUGGUUCAUCAUCUGACUCACUCAGCUGCUCUCAGGUUUUUGUACCACUGUUUCUCACUGUGGGAAGGAGGCUACUACCUCAUUUUCGGCUCUGGGACUAAACUGAUUGUAACAGGUAAGAACAAAAACUUUAUCUUUAUUGUUUGAACUGAUUUAUAAAACCUCAAAAUCUCUCCACAAAUCUGAAGUUAUUGAUGAAUUUCUGAUAAAUCUGAGUUUGAUAUGAAAUGUUGAGACACUGUCACCUCUAUAUUUGGUCCUCUCUGUGAGUCAGAACCAUCAUUUCUUUAUUUAUAAUGUUAAGACAGUCAAAGUAACCUCAUGUCAAUUAUAUCAAUAUGAGGCACCAAAAACCUUUGUGUGGGAAUAUUUGUACAAGUAGACAGAUACUCAAUAUUAUCAACUAAUAUUUACAAUAAAUGUGAUUUAAUCUGGAUCUAUGGAUAAACUAUAGAAGCGUUUAUAUUUAAAUAUGUAAGGAAAUGUUAUUAUAUUUUAUUGUCUGUAAAUGAAGCUAAAAAAUGAGAUUACAGUCAAACACAUGGAGGAUGGUACAGAGGUAUGAAGAGUCUGAGUGUUUGUACAAAUUAUUAUAUUCAAACAGGAUUGAUGAUCUUAUCCUCAUUAUAAUAUAUUAUAUUAUACUAUAUUAUAUUAUAUUUAUCGGCAGCCCUGAUGUUUUUCUAAUUUUGUAACAAUAAUGUAGAAUAAUAAAUAAAUUACAGAUAUAAUGAUUCAUCACUUCUCUAAAAAGAGCUGAAUGCUCAGACUUACAACCUAAAAAUGUAGAAGAUAAUGUAAGGACUAAAAUCACCAUUAAAUUCUCUGAGAAUAAAAAUGUGUGUAUAUUAUGGACAAAGUACUUUAAAGUUUAUUGAAAACAGUAAUAAAGUUGUGAUUCAGCUUUGUUGUAAAUAAAUAGUAUUUGUAGUUUAAAACUGUUUCAAUGAUUUUAAUUUUUGUGAGUUAUAGAAAGUCAGAAAAUGUUGUUCAAGACUUUAGAGUGUGUGUGUGUGUGUGUGUGUGUGUGUGUGUGUGUGUGUGUGUGUGUGUGUGUGUGUGUGUGUGUGUGUGUGUGUGUGUGUCAGAUAAGCCCGUGGUGAAGCCCGUGGUGAGUGUGUACCCGGCAGCAUCCAGAGCCCAGCUGGAGGGGAAGAGCUCCCUGCUGUGUGUGGCCUCAGACAUGUUUCCUCCUCUGGUCCAGAUCUCCUGGAGAAGACGGGAGGAAGACGGUUCUCUGAAGGAGAUGUCCUCUGAUGAAGGAGAGCAGCUGGAGCUCAGAGAGUCUGGACGCACCGUCUCCAUCCUGAUGAUCCCUCAGAGGGAGAACAGAACAGACAGAUACCUCUGCACGGUGCUGCACCAGGGGAGCAGCGUGGACGCUCACACUGAACAAGGUCCAGAAAGCUGGGUGUCUAAUUCAGCUUGAUUAGAUUGGAGAUGGUGGAGCAGAGGACUGACCUUUCUUUUUCUCUUUGUCUCUAACAGAAGUUCCUGCAGCUCCUGAAACCUCCUGUCCUCUAGAGAGAGAGCCGACUGAGCCGUCAGCCCUGCAAGAGACCGACUGUAAGAAUCAAGACAACUUUCUGAACCCUCAGAGGGAAGUUCAGGCACUGCUUUAA